GUAAUCCUGCAUACAAUAUAACCCUGCAUGUAGCUGUAAUAGUAGUACCUUGUAAACUCAGGCUACUAAGUAUUUUCAUUACAUAACCAAGAAAUGCUUUAUUUCCAUCGAUAGCUUCUACCUUGUUCUAUGUCUAUGAUGACAACAACAUAAGAGAUAAUGGUUUUUAAAAUAGUAUUAUAACAAGCUUAGAUUUUUUCAAAAGCAUCAUAACAAGACUAGCUAUUUUGAAAUUAAUGGAACAUUUACUUAGGAUACCUAUUAAGAACAAGAAAUAUUAUCUUGACAUAUGUUAAUAUUGUUUUUUACAUUUCUCUCUUAUAACAAGACUAAUGUUUUGAUAUGUGAGACUCUAGUGUUUCUUCUUAUGUUUAAAUUCCCUGGAUUAUUUUUUUACCACAUAGUGUUACCAAGAGGUUGAGCCAGAAUCAAUUAUGGCCAAUACUGAACCAAAACAUGUGGUUGUGAUACAAGAUGCAUCUAAACUAAAUUUUAAAGUAUUUUCUUGGGUUAUAAAUGGAUUAUCACUCAAACCAGCAGAUAAGGUCACCCUAUUUGCAAUCCUGUAUCAGGUUUACAAUCCUAUGGGGUAUAAAAGCACAUUAGACAAUGGACUAGUUGGAGUAAACCAAAGGAUGAUUGAGGAAGAACUUGCAAGGAAGAAGGAAGAGUAUCUGAACCAUGAAGAGCUUGCAAGGAUUGCUAAAUUGUAUGAAUCAAAUGAGGUUGCAUUUAAGAUACAGUUGUAUGCAGGAACUUCGCCGAAAAAUUUUGCUAUAGAAGGAGCUAAAAACCUAAAGGCAACAUGGGUUAUAAUUGACAGGCAAAUGAAAAAAUAUGAGGAGUUUUUCCUGCAGAAGCUUUCUUGUGGUAUAUCUAGAAUAUUGGGUAAAACUCGCAUCGAACGCCUAAGAGGACCUAUUCAACUCGCUGUUGAAAUACCAUGCAACAGCGAUCAUCCUUCUGCCGACAGUUUACCAGAAAGUCUAGGUGGAGAUGUCCCCAAGAGUCCAAUCAAUGUCGAAGGGGUGAGUCAGAUUCAUUGCAGGCUCGAUAACGUUGAGGGGUGCUCAACAUUCAGUCCUAACAUUAAUGAAAAAAAAUGCGAGACAAGUACUGAUCAUGCUAGCAUGGAUGAAACUGAUAUAAACAGAAACCAAAUCAUCGACAAAAUAGAAGGAGAUAAGCAAUGCCAAGAUCAAGAACAUAAUGAAAAAGUAUCCCAUGAGGAUGAUAGUGACACAACACUUGUGACUAACAAUGAUCAAACAAAAGAUCUUCAUAUGAGCAAAACUCAAACAAGAAAUGGCUCAGUGUCUUCUAUGUGCUAUGUUUGCAAAACUAGAAGACCUAAUAUUGAAUGGCAAAGGGAUUUUACUUAUGAAGAGAUUGAAUCAGCAACAGAUGGAUUUUCAUUGAAGAAUUGUCUCUCUGAAAGUGGAAAUCCAUUCUCCACUUUCAAAGGCAAGCUAGAGGGAGAGGUGAAAAUAGUAGUUAAGCAGCAUGAAAUAACAAACAUUCAAGUAAGAGAAAAAAUGAAGUCAGAAGUCCAAAACAUUCUCAAAGCUAGACAUAACAAUGUGGUCAUGCUAUUAGGUUCAUCUACGAAAGACCGUUUCAUGUUGAUUGUAUAUGAGCAUGCAUGCAAUGGUUCACUUGACAUGUAUCUAUCAAGUGAAAGAUGCAGACCAUUGGCCUGGAGUGAAAGGCUGAGAGUGGCAAUGGGCCUUUGCAGAGGUCUAAAGUACUUACAUGAUAAUGACAUUAUUCAUGGAAAUUUAAAACCAAGCAAUAUUCUUCUAACACAUGAAUUCAAAGCACUGCUUGGAGAUUUUGACCUUGGAAAAAAACUCGAACCGAAGAAGUCCUUCAAUAAUAAAAGCAUAGGGAAUUCUGAAUACAUAGCACCAGAGUAUCUGGAGAAGGGGAAACUAUCGACUAAAACAGAUGUAUACUCGUUCGGUGUGGUGAUUUUAGAGUUGAUUACAGGCCGCAAAGCCGCAGAUAAAAUAUCCGGAGAGAAAAGACUAGUUGGAUGGGCAAAGCCUCUUCUAGAAGGUAAGAAAUAUUCGGAGUUGGUGGAUCCUAUAAUAAGCAGAGCAUAUGAAGAAGACCAACUUCAUUGGUUGGUACAAGUAGUGUCAAAAUGUCUCAAAAAGAAGCCUAAGGAAAGAUAUUCAAUGAAUAUGGUUGUUUCGGCAUUACAAGGCAUAUCUGAUAGCGAACAAUUUACAGAAGUCUCAACUUCACCAACAUCAGAUUCUAGAAUUGUGUUUGAUACCAAUGGUUCACAAGUUGCAUUACAAGGAAUGUCAGACAGCAAACAGUGCGACAUGACGGAGGACUCUCUUCCAGUUGCAUCAAAUUCAAUAUUUGUGUCGGACGUAAGUGAUUCACAAGGUAACAAAGAAGUAUGUCCAAAAGAAUCUGAUUGCCAAAGUCAGAAAGUUAAGCAGAUAGAGCCCUUUUCCUUUGAGGAAGAAAAUAGGCCCCAAAUUUUGGACUCAAAAAGCAUGAUAACAAAUCACCUGAGUGAAUUUGAAGAAAAUCUGAAGAGAAAAUGCAAUGAGAAGGGAAUUUCAACACAAGAAGUUAGUAUUAACCACAUGAUUGGUAAGGAUCAGGAAGAGAAGAGCUCUAUUCAAGUGAAAAGAGGCUUAAGACCAGUACCUAUUAGUGGAAUUUUACUUCAAACACAACCGCAGAGUAGCUUCAAUGAGAAUUUACAUGAUGAACAUCAAGAUGAAAUCAUUUUAGAGAAAUCAAAAUCAUCUGCAUGCUCUAUUUGCAAAAGUAAACGACCGAAAAUCACAAGGAUGAAAGACUUUACUUAUGAUGAUCUCCUAGAAGCUACUAAAGGAUUUUCAGUUGAGAACUCUCUAUCAGAAAGUGAAAAUGGACCUACUUUCAAAGGGUUGCUAGAGAGUAAAAUGAAAAUAGUUGUUAAGAUACAUCAAAUUACUAGGUCUCAAGAAGAGAAUAUAUUCAGGUCAGAAAUCCAGUUGUUCAAUAAUGUUAGACACAAAAAUGUGCUCAUGCUGUUGGGAUUAUGUACAGAGAAAAGUCAAUUGAUGAUUGUGUAUGAACAUUUAUGCAAUGGUUCUCUUGACCAUUACCUUUCAAGGGGAAGUUUCCAGUCAUUGACAUGGAAGGAAAGAAUGAAAAUAUCAAUAGGUACUGCAAGAGGUUUAAAAUACCUACAUGGGAAUAACAUAAUUCAUGGAAAUUUAAAAGCAAGUAACAUUCUUCUAACACAUGACUUUGAACCACUGAUUGGAGAUUUCGGCUUCAGAAAAACGAAGGUUGAACAGAAGAAGUCCUACAAAGAUAAAAGUGCAAAAGAUUUUGGAUACACAGCACCCGAGUAUACGGAGAAUGGGAAAUUAUCAGCUAAGAUAGACGUGUACUCCUUUGGAGUGGUUCUUUUAGAGCUGAUAACCGGCCGGAGGGUAACGGACAAAUUACCAGGAGGCAAAAGCCUUGUUGGAUGGGCAAAGCCACUACUGGGAGGAAAGAAGUAUGCACAGUUAGUGGAUUCAAAAAUCAGUAACUCCUAUGAACAAGAACAACUUCAAUGGUUAGUCCAAGUAACAGAAAAAUGUCUCAAAAAGAAUCCUAAGGAAAGAUAUUCAAUGAAUAUGGUUAUGUCUGCAUUACAAGGCAUCUCAGAAUCAGAUGACAGUUGUCUAAUAGAAGAUUCUUCUUCAGAAACCUCGUAUUUACCAAAUGAUCAGCCGGUCGUGCCCACGAUUAGUUCACAAGGUGAAAUGAUGGUUGAUUUGGUAAGCCGGGAAACAAAACGGAUUGACACAAACACAUACAAGGAAGAGACAAGCUUCAAAACAGAAACUACAACUAAUGACAUGAUUGAAAAUUUCAAGGAAAAUCAACAAAAUAAAGAAAGCUUCCACAUGGAAGAAAAAGAGGUAGAGAAAAAACCGGAAGAUAUCCGACAAAAGAUUAUCCAGGACAUAAAACAAAUGCAAGACAGCUGUAAUGAUACAGGUUUUUGGAAUGAGAAUCAAGACAAAACAAUUUUGGAGAAUAUUUCAAAGUCUACUUUAUGCUCAAUCUGCAAAAGUAGACGCCCGAAUAAUGAGUGGCAAAGGAAAAUUACUUAUGAAGAACUUCAAGCUGCUACAGAAGGAUUUUCAAUAAAGUAUUCUCUAUCUGAAGGUGAAUAUGGACCUGCCUUCAAAGGUUUGUUAGAUAAUAAGCUGAAAAUAGCUAUUAAGAAAAUUCAAGUCACAAGCUUACAGGAAGAGAAGGAGUUUAUGUCAGAAGUUCAGUUGCUCAUAAAUACAAGACAUGAAAACAUGAUCAUGCUUCUAGGUUCAUGUAUACGACAAAAUCAAUUGCUGGUCGUAUAUGAGUAUGCAUGCAACGGUUCGCUUGACCAGUACUUAUCAAGGCAAAGUGGUAGAUUGUUGACUUGGAGAGAAAGGAUGAAAAUUGCAAUAGGUGUAUCAAGAGGCCUGAAGUAUCUUCAUGAGAAUAACAUAAUACAUGGAAGAGUAAAACCAAGUAACAUUCUUCUGAAUCAUGACUAUAAACCAUUGCUCGGAGAUUUUGUGUUCAGAAAAGACGGACGUGAAUUGAAGAAUAGCUGCAAGGAUAAAAGUGUUUUGAAUUGUGGAUAUACUGCACCAGAGUGUAAGGAGAGUGGAAAACUAUCAGCAAAAGCAGAUGUAUACUCUUUUGGAGUAGUUCUUUUAGAGUUGAUCACAGGCUCGAUGGUUUCAGAUAAGAUGCAUGGACAGAAAUGUCUUAUUGAAUGGGCAAGGCCACUUCUUGGAGGAAGGGAGUACUUACAGUUGAUGGAUCCCGAAAUCAGCAGCUCAUAUGAAGAAGAAGAACUUGCUGCAUUAGUCCUAAUAACAGAAAAGUGUCUCAGAAAGAAUCUCAAGGAAAGGUUUACAAUGAAUAUGGUGGUCUCUUUAAUGCCGUAUGUGGUUGAUAGCAAUAACAUUUACGUAAUUGAAGACUCUUCAUCAAAUUCAGAUGAAGUAUAUUGCUAUUCAGAUGAAACAAAUUCAGAAGAAGAAGAUUUAGGCACAAAAAUUGGUGAAGAAAGAGAGAACAACAAGACAUGUAGAAAAGAGAAUGAAACAAAAUUUGAUGAAGAGAGUGACUGGUACAAAACUAGAGGCAAAAAAUGUAAGGAAACACAAGAGAAAGAAAGAUGUGAAUCUUAUGGUGGAGCUAAAGACUUUUUUCUAGAUGGAGCUCAAGAAUAUAUAGCAUGUGAAGAAUUUUUUAGCUUUUGUAAUUCAGUUUAAGUAUUUCAAUUUGAAAUUUAGAUUUAUCUACUGAAAGUUCCUCCAUAUUCUAUUGAAAGUUCAAUAUUAUCUACUGAAACAGCCCUUUUCA